UGAUUUUUAUAUUUACGCAUAUUAAAUUUUUUUUUAAUUGUAUUUGAUUGGACUAGUUUCAAAUGUUCUUGGACGGUACCAUUGGAAUAAGGUCGAUAUGCGUAUAAGUAACGGCGAAGUGAAAUAACACGUAAUUCGUGUGCAUUAUUGAGAAAAAUGAAAUGCACGAGUACUGCAAAACCUUGGAUAUUGAAUUAAUUAGCUGAUAUGUAUCAAACUUUGACAUUAUUAUCGGUUUUAAAGCUCUAAGUGACUAUGGUAUACUGGAGAUGUGUGAUCUGGAAAUAUCUCUACGUGAAACAUGACAAAAAAUAUGUCUUUAUUAAUAAAAGAAGCAUGGAAACGCCGGCAAGAGAGGAACACAACACGUUCAAACAUGAAUCAAAACCCACAUUUUCACGUGGUUCUUGACCUGGAUGGUACCACGCCUCCAAUAACAGUCGUCUCCGGGGCCGAGAGCGAGUAUUAUGAUGCCAUCAAAAACAGAUGCAAGAAAACUGUGGACUUCCGGAAUGAUUACAGACGCCCGGAUGACCCAUCUCUAAGUCUUCCAGCCGCUUGUAAGAAACAAAUGAACAGCGUUUGUCCUUGUGACAAAAACUCGCAAAAGAAGUUUUUGACGAAAAGAUUUCCAAUUUGGAGAAUUAUGCGGAAGUAUAAAUGGAGGGAUGACCUGCCAAAUGAUAUAAUAUCUGGCCUGACUGUUGGUAUAAUGCAGCUUCCCCAAGGCAUGGCGUACUCACUUUUGGCAGAACUACCUCCGGUUGUAGGUCUCUACAUGGCGUUCUUCCCGGUUCUUAUCUACUUUAUCUUCGGCACAUCCAAACAUAUCUCUAUGGGUACCGUGGCAUUAUGCAGUCUCCUCACAGGCUCAGUUAUCUCCCGUUUCUACAACCCGGAAUUAGCGAAAUCUGUACUAGGACAAAAUGUAACCAACGCCCUAGUGCAAGAAGCCAAUUCCACUUUCGAUCCCGUUGAUCCAAUAGAAAUAGAGCUUCCUAAUCACGUGAAAAUUGCGAUUGCGUCAUCUUUGUGCCUUCUUGUCGGAUUAGUUCAGCUGGUAAUGGGAGUGUUCCGUAUGGGUUUUAUCACCACGUAUAUGUCGGACCCUAUGAUUGGUGGAUUCACAACCGGUGCUGCGGUGCAUGUUGGGACCAGUCAAGUAAAAUAUGUGUUCGGACUUCACAUUCCUCGAUCUGACGGUUUAUUUCAGAUUAUUAAGACGUACGCGCUAAUAGUGCACCAUAUAGCGGAGACGAAUUACCCGACCCUGAUAAUGUCAGUGAUAUGUAUGACAAUUAUUUAUAUUGUUAAAGUACAGAUCAACAUGAGGUUCAAAGCCAAAAUGAAGUUUCCAGUUCCAAUAGAAUUAUUUGUUGUCGUGGCCGGAACAAUGCUGUCAUACUUCCUGAAAUUCUCCGAGAAAUACAAGAUGACCAUUGUAGGAGAAAUACCGGCUGGGUUACCUCAGCCGUCAAUCCCUAGUUUGCCUUCUACCAGUGUUUAUACAGCAGAUGUGUUUAUUAUAGCUAUAGUGGCCUUCUCUCAAUGUGUAGGUCUAGCUGCACUGAUGGCGAAAAAACAUGGCUACAGUUAUGAUGCUAAUCAGGAGUUGAUUGCUUAUGGAGCUGGUAAUAUUUUUGGCUCGUUUUUCUCGUGCUACCCAUACGCCGCCUCGGUAUCGAGAAGUUCCGUGCAGGAAUCGGCUGGCGGGAGAACGCAGCUUGCCAGUGUGUUUUCAGCUAUUUUGGUGCUCAUCGUCAUCGUCUCCAUUGGUCCAUUAUUCCAGUCAUUACCAAAUUGUGUUCUUGCCUCUAUCAUCAUGGUUGCCUUACGAAGUUUAUUUCUACAGUUUCUUGAACUGCCAAAAAUAUUUAGAACUUCAUCCUAUGAUUUUUUUAUUUGGAUCGUUACAUUCCUGUCGGUGGUCAUCCUUCACGUGGACUACGGAAUCUUGUUGGGAAUUCUUUUCUCUUUCUUCACCGUCGUUAUUCGCUCACAAAGGACCAAAGCAGAAAAUUUACAGAAAAUAAAUGCUGUCCACUUGUACGAAAAUAGCUCACAAUAUAGACAGACUGAAUCGUUAUCCGGAAUCAAGGUGAUCGGAUAUUCCUCUCCAUUGUAUUACGCCAAUGGCUCACUAUUUGUUAAACAAGUGUACACUCUAUCAGGAGUGAUUCCGGAGAAACGAAAAAAGCUUAUGAAGAGAAUGCAGAAAGCUCAUAAAAAGACAGCAGGUGUUCAAAAUAGCACGAUGCAACUUGUUACCGAGUCUAAUGAAAUGGGGUCCACGCCUAGUUUAAACUUUUCGUCCGACGCUUAUGAUCAAGUUAGUAAAUGGAAUGGAACCAGUAAACAAGCUAAUAUACUGACCGCAUUGGGAGACGGGAACCAGUUACAACAUAUCAUCCUUGACCUUUCUGGUGUCAUCUUCAUCGACUCCGUUGGCGCGAAAAUCUUAAGACAGCUUGUUGAAGAUUAUGACGCUGUUGAAAUUAAAGUUUGGCUUUGCAACGUCAACGACGAGGUGUGGAGAGUUUUAGAACAAACAAAGUUUCUGAAGACAUACACGGACCGGCUGUAUCUGACAGUUGACGACGCCGUCCACGCAAUACACAUUAAAACGCAGAUAAAACAAGCAGCCGACUUAAAGUACCCUCAAAGAAUGAUGUAUCGAGAAAACAACAAUCCGGACGCCGCCGAGGAUGAGGCUUUACUGACUUUAGAGUCAUCUUUUUGAUACACAUGUGACUUAACAUGUGACCUGUCUUGUGACCUAUCACGUGACCCAAGAUACAGAUUGACAGACGAAUCAAUAUACACUAGUCAACGCGGAUAUACGCCGUUCCUACAAUACCGACGAAACGAACUCUUCACUUAAAUAUUGGGCAUUGUUGUAUAUUUGUACAUGCACUUGUGUUUUUAUUUAUUAUCUAUGUUAUAAUAUAUUCAAUCAUAUGUUAUGUUCUAAUAAGCAAUACUUAGGCUUUACUGUAAUUGUUCUACAAAAUGUGAUCUUUUUGAUUGAAUCUCUUAAAAAUCCAUUUGAGGAUAUACUUUACAAAAUUGAUUACCUGUAUAUUUUUCUUUCUUUCGUCACAAAUAUGAAAAAAUCGGUUUCAGGCGACAGUUAAUUGAUUAUCAUUAUUAUUUCAUCGAAAAGUAGUUCCUACGCACACGCUUUCCUUUCUCAUAAUUGUGAUACGGUUUUAAAAAGCUCGGAUAUGGCUGGUUUGAACGCUGAAUUUAUAUUCGGGACUUCUCGCCCGAUAAUCUGAAGUUUUACGGAAAUAACCGGAAUGUUUCGAUUAGGAGAUAAAGACGAAAUUAACAUAUAUUCAUUUCGUUUUUGAUAAUAAAUGAAGGCAAAAUCUAUCAUGAAGUCUUAGUUUUGGAAGAUUUGAAACUGCUGUUGUAAAAAGGGUGUUUCUAUGCAGAGGGUCGCUCUGCAGAGGUUGAUGUACUUGACAAAAUAUUAUGACAAGAAAAAACGCAGCCAGUUGUUAUCAAUUUGUACAUGACAAACAGAGAAGCCAACAAGGAAUGUUGACUGAACUUUGCCAGUGUUUUGGUUUCUGUUUAAUUAAUGGCUUAAAUCUAUUAAAAGGGAAGGGAUUCCGGUCUUAGUGAAUACAAUCUGUAAUUUUCUUUAAAAUUAUGUUCAUGUUUGAAAUCAUUUGUCAUUAAUAUUUGUACAUAUUCAUACAGGUUCAGACAUUAUUUAUUGCCUACGAAGUGCUUAUUUACAUAUUUGUGUCUUCACUAUAGAUUUUUACAACCUAUUACAAUGUAUAUACAUUUCAUAUCUUUCUGUACAUGAGACAUACCUGUGUGUUUAUAGAAAGCCUAUCUUGCUGAUUGAUUACAAAUUAUGACAAUUUUAAAAACCAUUUACAGUACAGAUGUAAAAGCACUGACAUUUACGUUUAUGCUCUUUUGUAUUAAUGUAUGCUUUACGGUUGUUUAGCUCAUUUAGGUACAUUUUUUUGAUCCCCAAAUUUUUCAAUUGGAACGUUAUCGGCUAUUAUCUAUAAUAACCUUAACCGAAGAUUUAUGGCCGAAAAGUUGCGAUUGCAAAUUUGGGGGAAUUUGUUAUAUUUGAUAAAAGCAUUGCUGUACAUAGUUGUCAGAUUUUUUUAUCGUUACUUAACGCCCAAAAUACAAUGACUUUCAUAACGUGUAAGUAGACCUUCAGUAAAAGAUUAAAAUAUCUGCAUAUUUGGAUAUUAAAGGCAUAAAUUAACGCACGAGUUAACAAAAAUCGGAAUUCUGUUUUAAUGGAUUUUAAAGCGAUAUUAAUAUCAAUGGACUACUUUAAAAAAAACGAUUGUUUGAAGAUAGUAUAUCUAAAUCAAUAUAAUGAACAUAAUGAAGAAACAAAAAGGGACCCCUGCGACUGAAAUAUAAAACUAUGUACAUGUAUAUAUAAAGUCUGGAGAUGACUUGAUAUAGCCUUUGUUCUGAAAGCAUGUAUAUGAAAUAUAUGUACCUUUAGUAAAUGCCGUCACACGCCGUCUUAAAAGGGACGGUUUAAGACGUUGCUUAUUUAUUCUAGUUUAUUCAAUUCUAGUAUGAUGCGGCCGACGAGCUUGGCAAUAGUUAAAUUGACAAUAGACACUAUUCUAUUUGAAACUGACUUUAACUUUGUCUACAUAUAUUUGAAAAUUGACUUUAAUUAGAUAUAGGUUGUAUGGCCACGUUGACACGGGAGCUGCCUGUAUCGACGGCGAUUGAAAAAUUCUGUGAAUUAUUUCCGUGUCUGUUAUUACUUCUAUUAUAUUGUUAUAAAAAGUAAAUGAAAUUUUAUUUUGUUAUUUUUGUAAAUUAUUUGAUCUGUAAAUGAAAUUAUGUUUCAUGUUAUUGUUAUAUAAACACUAUGAGGACCAAAGGGUACUGUAAUAAUAAAUAAAACUAAUACGUAAA